AUGAAGGCCGAGAUACUCCUUGGCCGUCCUCUUAGUGGCACACUGAUUGAGCGCAUUCAACAUGAGGUGGCACGUCUUAGUUGUUCACCGAGUCUCGCGGUUGUUAUGGUUGGCAACCGCCAGGACUCACGCCGGUACGUUUCAGUGAAGCAACGAACAGCUGAGGCAUGCGGUAUUCGUUUCCACCUUCUUAGUCUCCCUGAAACCGUUUCAGAAGAGCGGCUACAUCAAGAGCUCCGCCGCAUCAGUGAUGAUAAUGCGUUUGACGGGGUUCUUCUGCAGCUGCCAAUUCCAUCGCAUCUUCGUGUGCGUCCCGCUCUCCUGUGUAUUCACCCUGGCAAGGACGUUGAUGGGCUUCACCCAAUUAAUGCAGGAAGUCUUUUCUUGGAUGGAAACCCUAUCUACGAGGAGGCUGUGCAUAGGGGCUCUUCGGCAGAGAAGGAGGAAGCGCUGGCCUCACGUCUGCUGAAUGAAGGACGAUAUUUUGUUCCAUGUACGGCGCUGGCAGUGCAUGCGUUGCUCUUUUCGUAUUUGGCAAAUAGGACGGCGGUCGUGCCGACACCCUCAAAGAAGCCUAAAAAUCUACACGCUGUGAUUAUCAACAAGAGCAUGGUGGUUGGUGUUCCGACAGCUGCAUUGUUGCAGAAGGAGGAUAAUUUUCUGGUGACUCUUUGCAGCCGUUCCAAUGAUCUCGAGGCGGUGAAGGAGGUAAGCCGACAGGCGGACGUUCUUGUGACGGCCCUUGGCAUACCACGUGUCGUGACGGCGGAUUUUGUAAAGCCCGGGGCAAUUGUGCUGGAUGUGGCUAUCAACGAGGACUGUGCAUCUGGAGGAGAGAUGACAUCUGGCUCUCGGCGUGUAUGUGGCGAUGUAGACUUGGCAUCCGUGCGUGAAAAGGCGGCUGCGGUCACACCAGUGCCAGGGGGCAUUGGCCCACUGACGGUUGCGUAUUUGAUGCAAAACACACUUAAGGCCCACCUUUUGGCGAAAAAUCAUAUAAAUCUCUUCUCUCCUCUUGCUUCAACGCAGGGAAAUGCAGAAUGGAACAACGAAGGCCACACGGAGGCCGACUUCAACAGGAUGGGCGUCGAUACCCAUGACUGUGCUGGCGUUGGCAAAGUGGGAUGA